AUGUUGACUCUUAUUUUAUUCACAUGUGUUCUAUAUAUUCUAUUUAUUUACUAUUUUAAUUUACGAAAGCGAUAUCAGUAUUUUGAACGGCAACAAAUACCUACACCAUCAUAUGGUCAAUUUUUUUUCGGUCAUCUCAAACAACUUUGGCAAACAAAAUCCGGUUAUUCUCGUCAAUUACAAGAGUGGACAAGGCAACUAGGUUCAAUUUAUGGUUUUUAUGAAGGAUCAACACCAGUCUAUGUUGUAUCAAAUGUUGACUUUUUACAUGAAGUUUUUGUUAAACAAUUUUCAAAUUUUCAUGCACGAAAAUCGUCAAUACAAACACAUUUGAUUAAAGCUAAACAUCUCGUAGAAUCUCACGGAUCAAACUGGAAACGACAGCGACAGAUUAUUAAUCCAACAUUUACAUCAUUGAAAUUAAAAACAAUGUCACCAUUAAUCGAUAAUUCUAUUGAAGAGUUAGUAAAAAAAUUAAAUACUGAUAAACUAUUCAAUAUUUAUCUAUUGUAUAAACGAUUGACCAUGGAUGUCAUAUGUCGUUGUGCAUUUGGUAUUGAUACCAAUAUGCAGGAUGAUCCUGAUAAUAUUUAUUUACAUAAAAUUGGUCAAAUAAUUUCAACUGAUUUUGAAAAAUUGCACUUAUCCAAAUUAUGUCGUGUUAUACCAAAAUUAAGUUGGAUAUUUGCGCAAAUAUUUUUAUUUAGAAAUAAUUUUAAUAGAUUAAUGAAUUUCAUAUGUGGACAUUUAAUGAAAUUCGAAGAACUUCCAAAUCUUUGGCUAUUCAAUCGUAUACAGAAUGUAAUUGAUAUGCGAUCAACUAAUAUAGAACAACGCCGUAUCGAUUUAUUACAACUAAUGUUGGAUGCGUCAGCUGAAGGAAAAGAAAAAUUAUCAUAUGAAGAGGUUAAAUCCAAUGUUUUUCUCUUUUUACUUGCUGGUUAUGAGACAACAGCGACAGCUUUAGCUUACUGUACAUAUGUUCUUGCAAAAUAUCAAAAUAUACAAGGAAAAUUACAAAUGGAGAUUGAUGCUGAAAAUGAUGAAUAUUUAGAUUUAUUUAUCAAAGAAGUAUUACGCAUGUAUCCAAUACCAAUACAAACGAUUAAUCGUCGAUGUAUGAUCGAUGAAGCAUCUGUUUGUGGUUACAAAAUUCAUCAAGGUUCAAUUAUACAAGCUGAUAUUUAUUCUAUACAUUAUGAUCCAAUUUUAUGGGGUCCACAUCCAACAAAUGAAUUCUAUCCUGAACGUCAUUUAGAACAACGACAUCCAAUGGCUUAUUUAGCAUUUGGACAAGGACCACGAAAUUGUAUUGGUAUGCGAUUUGCUCUAUUAGAAAUAAAAUUAGUCUUACGACGAUUAUUAAAAGAAUAUACAAUUGUACAGAUAAAUGAAGAAAUAUUUUAUCCUAUACGAGAAACAGCUGUUAUACGACCAAAUGAAAUACAAAUUCAAUUGAGAAAACGCUAA